CGGUUGCUUCGCACUCUGGCCCUCGUCUCCCCGACUGCCGCAACGCAUUGCAUCACACCGCGGCCGAUCCUAAACCUUCAGACACAAUCACCACCACCGCCGCCCCUCCCCGCAUCUGGCGGAGCUUUGCCACGGUUUUCCGCUUGACUACUCAUCACGCCCAGCAGACUCGAUCGCCCGCCACACAAUCCCCCACCCCGGGUUCUCCACCGCACAUUCAUUGUAAAAAGGAUCCGGCCCGUUUGAUACCCAGCCCCGCGUCACUGCCGACCUGCAGGCUUUCAUCGUCCUUUCACUGCCCACAAGGGACGGCCCUCCGCGCUUCUACCAAACUCUCCCCGCUCGCUCACCUUCAUAUCUAUCCUCCACGCACCUUUUCACAACCACCAGACGAAAAUGACGACUCCUCCGCAGCCUCCUAUCCAGAACAGUCGCGGUCGGAAACGCCCAGCCCCGGGAACAUCAGCUCCCCUCGUUUCGUCGAAUCCCUCAACGAGUGUUCCCACCGCGUCGGCGGCCGACAUGAACUACUACAGUAGCCUUCCAGCGACAUCGAUGGGCGGUCCAAACGGUAAUCUCUACAAUAGUGAUCCCGCGACGUCGAUAAGCGCCCAGCAACAGCAGAGCGACAUCUACCGACUGCAGAAUGCCCAGCAGCAGCAGCAGCAACAGCAGCAACAACAGCAACAACAACAGCAACUUCACCAGCAACAGCAACAGGGCAACAUCUACGACGGCAACAACCAGCUGGCAAGGGUCGCGCGGGGAAACCAGUUGAUGCGCGUACCCUCAUUCAGCGGCAUGAACGUUCCUGGGAUUCCGCCGCAGAUCAGUGGGCUUACGCCACAGAUGCCGAUGAACAUGAACAUGAUGGGUGCACCAGGUAUGAUGGGAUUGCCCGGCGGCUUCGAGCAGCCGGUGAGCGCUUCGGAAGCGAUAGAUAGGGAGCUUUGCGCGAGGAUUGAGAGCAUGAAGAAGAAGCGCUCCAACAUUCCGCCAUUUGUGUUGAAGCUCAGCAGUUUUGUCAACGACCCAAACUCCGACGAUUUGAUUCGGUGGUCGGAUUCAGGCAAUUCGUUCAUGGUGCUGGAUGAGGAGGAGUUCUCAAAGAAGCUCAUCCCAGACCUUUUCAAGCACAACAAUUACGCAUCCUUCGUCCGCCAACUCAACAUGUACGGAUUCCACAAAGUCGUCGGGCUCGCGGAUGGCUCCCUCAAGACUUCCGAGCAGCGUAGCAAACCGCCGAGCGAAUACGAGAAUCCGUACUUCAAGAGGGGGCAGCCUGAUCUGAUGUGGCUUAUCCAAAAGCCAAAGAGUAAGAACGCCAGGGCGAAGGGGAAGAAGGGGGUGAAGCAAGAAGAGCAGGACACUGACAAGGAGGACAAUAUGAGUGAUGCAGGAGGAGAGUCUGGCGAUAUUGGAGGAGGCUACCUUGAAGGUCCAAAAGAUGCGAAUGAGCCUCAGAACCACAGUGGAGGAGGAGGAGGAGGAGGAGGAGGAGCAGGUAGCCGUAACCGGGGCGUUGACUUCAGCGCCCUGUCAGCACAAAUCGAAGCUGUGCGUAGCCAUCAGCUCAUGAUUUCGCAGGCGAUAAACCGAUUGCGGAAAGAUCAUCAGCAGCUUUACGAGCAAAGUUUGGCUUUCCAAAGUCUUCAUGACCGCCACGAGAAUUCGAUAAACGCAAUACUCACUUUCCUUGCGACCGUGUACGACAAGUCGCUGGGAGGACACAUCAAUGGGGCGGUUAACAACCUCUUCUCCCAUCAGGUGGACCAGGGUCAAGGUCUACAUCGUGGUCCACCGGGCUCAUCCGUGGGCCCUACUCCGACUGGUGCGAUAAUCCCCACAGCUCCGACCGGUGUGCGGCCAGCGGUUAUGCGAACUCCUCAGAUGGCGAGACGGAAACCUCUAUUGCUCGAAGGCGGCCCUACGUUUUCCGGCGACUCAUCACCCAUGAAUGGACGGAAUCCCGGAAGUCCCAUACACAAGGGUAACGGAGGAUCCCCCCAGGUCACGCAUCAGCAUCAGCAUCAGCACCAGCAUCAGCAAAACAACUAUCAGCAGUACCAGCAGAACACGCCCAUCACGGAACUGUUCACGCCAGUCAGCGGUAAUGUGACGUCACCAGCUGAUUCUCCCCAGCAACACGCCGAUCAGCACUUGGGAGUCAACCUACCGAAUACCGGAGGAUUGUACUCUCAGCCCACCACGCCUACGCCGCAAUCCAACUACGCGUCUCCCAACGUACAGACGCCCCUCUCGAACCAUAGCACCCCUGUUCCCACUCCAAGGAGCAUCGCGAGAGCUCUCAGCGGAACCCCUUUCCAGACGACUGCGCAGGCUUUGCACGACCACAAUGCUUCCCUCGCCCAGAAGACGCACGAGAUCGAGGAGCUCGAGGUUCUUCAGACCAAGCAAAACGAUAAUAUCGACCAGCUCAUGGGCAUGUUGCACGAGUACGUGGAGCCCGAUGCAGCUGUUGGGACUGGAGAGGGGGGGGUAGAGGGAGGGGUAGGCGACAAUUCGGACUUGGUCCACGAAGAUGUCGACCAGUUCUUCAAUUUUGGUCUGCAGCCCGACGGUUAUGUGGGUGUCAAUCCCUACGGCGAUGACGAUUCCCACGGAAAUGUCGACAUCGAUGAGUUGUUGAGAAAUGUCGAAGCCGAGGGCAUUACGAACGGUCUCAGCGGACAUAACAAGCAUGUCUUAACAGACCUCACGUCUAACGCGGCGAGUCCCACAGGGAGCUCGGUCGGCAGUCGAGCCAGGGAAGAGCUUGAAGAGGAGAUCGAAGAAGUGACUCCCAAGAGACGACGCGUCAACUGACGGCAUUUAUACUACGACGAUCACGACCAUAUUCAGGUAUAAAAAACCUUCAAGCUAGAUUUCUCGAGGCGACUCUUUUUCAGAU